UUUACGUAUUUGCCCCUCGAGAUUACAACUUUGAUUGUUCUUUUAAAAGAAGGUUCUUAUCAACAUCUAUCACAACGAUGCCUGCUGAAAUCCCAUAUAAGCCUAAGGGCAAACCUACAAUUGAAUUCAUUGAUUACAAUGGCGCCAAGUUCAAAACCGUAUUUUGGUCUGUCCCGGAAGGGGUUGCCAAUAAGGGAAGAUUGAUUUACGUUCAUGGAUUUGCCGAACAUGCAGAUCUCUACACGCAAUUCUUUGAUGAUUUAAGCCAACAAGGCUACGAAGUUUUCUAUUUUGAUCAAAGGGGUGCUGGUGAAACUUCUCCUGGUAGUUUAGUCGGUAAAACUGACGAAUUCCAUACGUUUGAUGAUUUGGAUUAUUUUAUCAAGUAUAAUUUAGAUGGUGUGACCGACAAAACCAAAAAGUUUUUCUUGGUAGGCCACUCAAUGGGUGGUGGUAUUGUACUUAAUUACGGAAUUAGAGGGAAAUAUGUUGAUAAUAUUCGUGGAAUUGUCGCUUCUGGUCCUUUAGUUAAGUUACAUCCAGAAAGUGAACCAAACUUUGUAUUGAGAGCUUUGGCCCCAGUUAUCAAUAAACUUCUUCCAAGCAUGAAAUUUGAUUCUGCUUUGAAUUUUGAUAAUAUUACAACUAAUGAAUCCUGGAAGAACUACAUUAUGAGUCAUGACAAGAAGUUGAUUGGUACAAUUAGACAAUUUAAUGAUAUGUUUGCUCGUGGUGAUGAAUUAUUAGUUCCUGAAAAAGUCAAGAAAUUUAACCCAAAGGUUCCAGUUUUGGUUAUUCAUGGUACUGAAGACCAUAUCAACGACAUUGAAGGAACUGCCAAAUUUUAUGGGUUACUUCCUGAUACUGUUGAUAAGAAGUUUGUUAGGAAUGAAGGGGCUAAACAUUCAAACUUCAUUGAAUCUGAAAAACUUUAUAAAGUUGCUCUUGAUGAAACUGUUGCCUUCUUUGAUUCUCAUUAGCUUAUGUCUUUUAAUUUUUUUAAUACAUCCUCCGUCUUUCUCUCUCUGUGUGUGUAUGUCUAGUUUAAUAUGUAUACCACAAUAGAGCAAGAGUUUGUGUGUGUGUGUG